UCUGCACACAUACAGCUCGCGCAAUGAAGUAUCUUCUCUGUCUCGUCCCUGUCACAGUGCUCGGCGCCCUCGCCUCGGCCAUGAACGUGCUGAACCUGGAUCCCUCCGAGUACGAUAUUCGCGAGGUCCCCAAGAACCUGAAAGAUCUGGCCGAGCACAACGAAGGCAGUCUCUCGGUAACCCGGCGUAUCACGUCCGUGCGCCCCGGCGACAUGAUGCAGGUGACCUUUGAUAUCCCGACCGAUAAGCGCAACACGCCAAACUUUUCGUCCCUGAUCGCUGCUGUCUACAAUCCCAGCGAUGGAUCUCUGGUGCAUGUCCUAGGCAAGACCCUGGCUACCCAGGUGCAGGGGCUGAAGGACGCAGAGUUCAUGGGCGGAUCGGGUCUCAACCUGCAUAUUCCGGUCCGCGGACUUGGCGAGGUGCAAAAGUUCUCCAUGUUCAAGCUGGCACUGAUUGCUCCUGAGAACGAGUCGACCGGCCAGUGGAAGACGUACUCGGCAGACACCAUGUUGUUUGCCUACGACGGCGGCCAUUAGAUCCCACCUUGACAUGCACCAUAUGGCAUUCUACAUUUUCAAAACACUUUUCCUCAAUAGACGAUAUACAGUUU